AUGUCAAACUUCACAGAUUCUGGUACUGGAGGUGAUGUUUUCAAAGUCGACUUAAAUGACCAAUUCGAUCGUGCCGAUAUGGUAUGGAUUGGAACAGCAAGUGUUUUGGUGUGGAUCAUGAUUCCAGGUGUUGGUCUCUUGUAUUCAGGUAUUUCGCGUAAGAAGCACGCAUUGUCAUUGAUGUGGGCUGCUUUGAUGGCUGCAUGUGUAGCUGCCUUCCAAUGGUUCUGGUGGGGUUACUCGUUGGUGUUUGCCCAUAAUGGGUCUAAAUUCUUGGGAACUUUACAAAACUUUUGUCUUAAAGAAGUUUUAGGUGCUCCAUCUAUCGUGACUACCUUGCCAGAUAUUUUGUUCUGUUUAUACCAAGGUAUGUUUGCUGCUGUCACCGCCAUUUUGAUGGCAGGUGCAGGUUGUGAACGUGCAAGAUUGGGUCCAAUGAUGGUGUUUUUGUUUAUCUGGUUGACUGUUGUCUAUUGUCCAAUUGCCUAUUGGACUUGGGGUGGUGACGGUUGGUUGGUCAACUUGGGUGCCUUGGAUUUUGCUGGUGGUGGUCCAGUCCAUGAAAACUCUGGAUUCGCUGCCUUGGCUUAUUCACUUUGGUUGGGUAAGAGAAACGAUCCUGUUGCAAAAGGAAAAGUUCCAAAAUAUAAACCACACUCUGUUUCCUCUAUUGUUUUAGGUACAGUUUUCCUUUGGUUUGGAUGGUACGGGUUCAAUGGUGGUUCUACUGGUAACUCAUCAAUGCGUUCAUGGUAUGCUUGUGUUAAUACCAACCUUGCUGCUGCCACUGGUGGUUUGACAUGGAUGUUUGUUGAUUACUUCAGAACUGGGGGUAAAUGGUCCACCGUCGGUUUGUGUAUGGGUGCCAUUGCUGGUCUUGUGGGUAUUACUCCAGCUGCUGGUUUUGUCCCAGUCUAUACUUCAAUUAUCUUUGGUAUUGUUCCAGCUAUCAUCUGUAACUUUGCUGUUGAUUUGAAAGACUUGUUGCAAAUUGAUGAUGGUAUGGAUGUCUGGGCUUUGCACGGUAUUGGUGGUUUUGUUGGUAACUUUAUGACUGGUUUGUUUGCUGCUGAUUAUGUUGCGAUGAUUGACGGUACCGAAAUUGAUGGCGGUUGGAUGAACCACCACUGGAAACAACUUGGAUACCAAUUGGCCGGUAGUGUUUCUGUUGCCGCCUGGUCAUUUGUUGUCACCUCCAUCAUCUUGUUGGCUAUGGAUAGAGUUCCAUUCUUGAGAAUCAGACUUCAUGAAGAUGAAGAAGCCUUGGGUACCGAUUUGGCCCAAAUUGGAGAAUAUGCAUACUAUGCUGAUGACCAAGACCCAGAAACUAACCCAUACGUCUUGGAACCAAUCAGAAGUUCUCAUGUCCAACAAAAGCAUGACGAGCCAAUGGCAGCAAUCGAUGGUGUUGUAGAUGGUUCAAGUAACAACGAAUCUGGCGAAGCCAAAGUGUAA